GAGAACGACUAAAAGAGGGAGGUGUUGCAAGUGAGCGAGGGAGGGACAGAAAGAGAGAAACACGAGGAGUGUGUGCUGUUCAUAGAGUAAACACUUUCAGAGAGAGAUAGAGAAAGACAGAAAGAGAGAGACAGAAAGAGAGAGAGAAAGAGAGAGAGAAAAAGCAGAGAGACACCGAGAGGAACAGAGGGACUGACUGGUGGUGUGUGGACACAGCUGCAGCUGGAAGAUGGAGUGCUCGUGUAUGCUGGUGGCUGUUGGGAUAGUAGCUCUUCUGUUUGUACUGCUGAAGUGGUUUAAACAGAGUGCAUUCUGGGCACUUAUGUGGCACGAUUUCAUCACCGAGCGACUCCGUGAUAAGUUCACCCAGACCACGCGACCUCAGCGAAUGCUGAAAGCGGUCCAGAAGAACGCCACUAAGGGAAAUCCUGAGAGCGUCAUCUCCGCCAUCGACUACUUCUGCAAGCACUCUGAAUGGGCCAUGAACGUGGGAGACGAGAAAGGCUCUAUUCUGGAUUCGGUGGUGAGUGAGGUGAACCCCAGCACGGUGCUGGAGCUGGGAACAUACUGCGGCUAUUCAGCGGUCAGGAUCGCCCGUCUGCUGUCCCCCGGCAGCAAGCUCAUCACCCUGGAGUUUAACCCAGCCAAUGCUGCCAUCGCCCGCCAGAUCAUAGCCUUCGCUGGGCUACAAGACAAGGUCUUCCUGGUGGAGGGUCCCUCCGGCGAUAUGAUCCCCAAAAUGAAGGAGCGCUUUGGCAUCACCACGUUUGACUUCGUCUUUCUAGACCACUGGAAAGACCGUUACGUGCCCGACACUAAGCUGCUUGAGGAGUGUGGCCUGCUCAGGAAAGGCACGGUCCUGCUGGCUGAUAACGUCAUCUGCCCGGGAGCACCGGAAUAUCUGGAGUACAUUAGGAAGAGCCCUCGUUACGAGAGCCGAUACUACCCAGCCCACCUGGAGUACACCAGAGUGGAGGACGGCCUGGAAAAAUCUGUGUUUUUAGGUUAGAGAGGAGAAGACUGAGAGGGUUUUUAACUGUAAGCAGUAGCUCUGCUUAGAAAAUCAUGGAUAACGACCAAAUUUACAGUCAGAGGAGUCAAAGAAAGGCUGCUGUGUUGAAUGUGAGGAGGUUAGGUUCAGUAAAGGUGGAUUAAAACAUAAAAAAGAAUGUGUGAGAGAUGUGGUACACUCGGAAAAGACAUGGCAUCAGACCUACUGUUUGUUUUUCCACGUGUGCACACAUUGAUACCAUAGACUAGGCCUGUCACAAUAGCUACAGUAUAAUCUAUUGGAUUAUAGUAUAAUAUUGUGAUUACUGCAAAGACCAAUUCAAGCCACUGGUAUAAUGAUGAUAAAAUAGCAUAGUAAUGCAAAUAAAAGAGAUAAAAAAUAAUAAGAAAGAGAAAUAUAAAUAUAUAUAAGAAAGUUAAAUACUGUAUGUAAGUAAAUCAAAUUAAAUUAAAACAAAAAAUAGGCAAUACUGAGGCCUGCAAAAAUUAUUAAGCUCAUGGCCAUUUAUUGUACGAUAAUUCGAUAAUGUAAUUAUUGUGACAGGCCUACCUACAAUAGCCUGUUUAUAAAAGUGGACAGUACAUUCCUGUUUGUAAUGUUCUGAAGCCAACAGAUGUCCAAAAUGGAAGCUUAUGGAAGCCAUCAGGUUUACACUUUUUUGCUUUUACAGUAGAGUUAAAUUUAAACCUCCCCAUGUCUUUAUAUUAAAAGCAUUUAAAUCGAAUCGAAUCGCAUUUUAUCAGAAACGAGAAAACAUGAAAAAACAUGUCCAAAGAAAAACAUCUCUUAAACUGCAACUUUACAAGAGAGAGAUAAAACACUCUUAGCUUUUAAUGGAAGUCAAUGAGUUUUUAGAUUAUGUUUUAAAAUACCAGUGGGUUCACAAUAUCAGAUGCUUAGUAUUAGCUGUUUAUCUGCUUGCCCACACAAGUUAUUUUAUAACCCAUAUUAAGGGCCAUCCCUUUUUGAAUAUCAUCAAAUAACUUCUAUAAAACACACAUUACAAAGGUGACAGGGGUGGAUGUAUGAAUGUGUGACUGUAUGUCUAGAUUUGGAUUGACACUCUGAGCUGGAUAAACUCCCGAGUGCCCGGUGCAGUCCUCUGGGUGGACAGUCAUUUCCGGUUGAGAGUAGGCUGUGCGCGAUUGGCUGCUGCUUCUCUCCAGUGUGUGUAGAAUGUAAUUGUAGGCAUCCUUGCCGUUUUAUAUAUAUAAAUGUAAUUGUAAGUAAGUGAGUAAGUAAAACAACUGGUUAAAAAAGGCAGGGUUAAAAGUUAAAAGGGGAUAAAUACUGCAGCCAAUCACCAGAGGGCACAGAAGAUGUCUACUCUUUUAUACAAUCUAUGAUUAACAUCCCAAAGAAUCCAUAUACAUUAGGCUUGGGCGAUCUCUAUAUUUUCUCUAUAUUCCAUAAAGGACAAUAAAAAAAAACCUAUCUGUAACAUCUGUAAA